AUGUUUCAUGGCAACGCCGGCAACAUUGGCUAUCGGCUCCCCAUUGCAAAGAUCCUCGAGAACGAGCUACGGUGCAAUGUCUUGAUGUUACAGUACCGCGGCUAUGGCCUUUCUUCAGGCAACCCGAAUGAGAAGGGUCUCAUGAUCGAUGCUCAAACAGGGUUGGACUACAUCCGCCAACGACAGGAGCUUCGCAACACGAAGAUCGUCGUCUACGGGCAAAGCAUUGGAGGCGCAGUCUCGGUUGGGCUGGUUGCACGCAAUCAGAAACAUGGUGACAUCGCCGGUGUAAUCCUCGAAAACACAUUCACUUCGCUAAAGAAGCUCAUUCCAAGGUCAGUCAUGUCGCGUGCUCAGAGGAGCUCUGUUGACUCCCUCAUAGUGCCUUCCCUCCUGCUAGGUUCCUCGCUCCACUCUGCCACCAGAUCUGGCCUACAGAAGCAACAUUACCCCAGAUAA